CUCAACCUAUUUGAUACAUUUUCUUUCCUUUAUCAUUUUCUCUCUCUUUUGGACUUUUCGCCUCAGAUACCGGUUAUCACUAUUCAGUCUACCAACUCCCCAGCCAACCCAGCCUCAUCUACAACGGCAUCAACAACAACCGGGGCUGUCAAUAAUGCUCCAGAUGGCCAAGCUGCUGUAGCCAACCCGGUUGCCGGUCCCGGUGCUCAUGGACCCAACCAAUUUGUACAGACCCAACGUCAACAACAGCAGCAACAAUUACAAACCCAACGCUACUUACAGCAACAACAGCAGCUACCCCAUGCCCCAGGUCACGUUUACCCGCCUCCUGCUGGACAACAGCACUUGCUUCCGCCUCAGCCUGCCUCAGGGUCAGGCGCUGGUCAGUUGCCAGCCAGUACAAUGACUCAACUUCCGUUGACGACACCUACGACUCUACCACUGCCAGUUGCGGCAGUGCCACAGCCAGUCCAAGUGACGAUGGAUAAUAGUAUUUUGCUCGCAGCCUGUCAAGAGUCUGAGAGCCUACCACAAAACCCCGAGAUACCGGCCGACCUUUUUACUGCAUGUCUGACUACGCCUAUCCGAAUGGCCCUCAGGUGGCACUGGCUCAAGCAUCAGGAGUAUUUUCCUGGUGACUAA